CAUAAUAUAGUGUACCUAUUCCGCGCGCAUAAAGGUUAGCAUAAAAUAAUAUAAUAUUAUAUAAUAUUAUAUAACGCUAUAUUAUUCGAGUCCACCGUAUAAUUAUAUUUAUAAUAUUAUGAAUAACAUUAUGCGUCCUGCCAAAACAAUGUGACGACGACGACGACGACGAGCUUGUGUGUGCGUUCAUCGAAUUUCGGCGAUCAUGACGGAUAUUUUCGCGGCAAUAUAGUGUCGAAUUUCGAGAUGAUUUUUUUUUCGUUCUGCGAGCCCAAAACUGCAGUAAACCCGGAGCUAUAGUAUCGCAUAAUCGUAUUUGAGAUCGAUCGAAUGUUUAUAUAAUAUUCUGUAUGUAUAUAUGGUGUGUUAUUGGUAUUAUAUUAUAGUGUUAUUAUCAUCGUCGUCGAAAGUUUUUAAAUACAGUGAAAACCUCGCAGUGAAUACACCGCAAACUUCGUCAUAAAAAUAUACAACUUCCAAUAACCGAAAGCGUGUCGAACAGUGUUUUAAAAUCGUGUCGUGAUAAUUUGCGAACAAUCGCUCGAGUUUCGAGUAUUAUAUUGUACCGCCGCAGUUGUUAAUUGUUGCCGACGGGGGUUGAAACCGAACGACGACGACCGUUUAAAAAGUUUGUCGCACAUACACAUACACGCGGAUACCGCUCGUUUAAGGGUGGUUUUACGAGAAAAGCGUCGAAUCCACGCUGCAGCGAUUUCGAUGAAAAUCGCUAAAAAACUUUCCCGUCUCGAUUUAUUAGCGCGCCACUAAGUAUAAUUAUAGCAAUAACUGUAUACGAGUAAAUAAUAUUAUGAUAUAGGAUAACAGUUUAAAAAAAAAAAAAAAUCAAUCAAUAAUAUUACGUAUACUCGCGAAAUGGACUAGGCAAAGCGAUAUAUUACGAUCAAGUACCCGCUAGACGACCGCAGUGGCGACAGUGGCGUCUGAGGGGGUGCGGUGCAGCGCACUCGCAUAUUUAUAACGUAAUUAUCGAGUACGAUAAAACAACGACAACGACAACGACAACGACAACGACAACAACAACGACAACAACAACAACAACAACAACAACAACAACUGCAUAAUAUCAUAAUAAUAAUAGUCAGCACACGCAGUAAUACGUGAACAUAACACAACGAUAUAGAGGGGGUCGUUAAUUAUUGUUAUUAUUAUAUUAUAUCGGCAUAUGUCGAGCGGUGCUUAGCCGGGAAGGGGUCGGGGGCGGCGAGGAGAUAGCGCGCCGGUCGCCACGCGCGCAGAACGCGACCGCGGCGCAGAACACGAUCGCGAUCCGAUGGAGCUGGCCGUGACGAACGCGACCGCGUCGUCGUCGCCCGCGACGCCGGUGUUCCCAGUCCCGUCCGGCACCCGUUUAACGAGUUCCGGAUUGCAGAUGGGUGUCACCGGGCUGUACGGGUUCGGCAUAUUCGGCAACCUGUUGGCGCUGUUCAUAUUGCACCGGACCCGGUCGAGCAGCAACCAGAAGCACGGGUUCAUGUUGCGGUGCCUGGCCACCAACGAUUGCAUCGCCCUCACCGGCAUGCUGGUCCAGAUGUUCGUGAGCGUCGGCUGGCCGGGCACCAGGAACAACGUGUGGUCUUGCCGGAUCCGCGUCCUGUGGCGGUUCUUCGGGCUGGGUUCCGGGUGCGUGGCCAUCGUGAUGGCCGUCGAACGCUGGCUGGCCCUCACCAAACCGUUUUUUUACCAAAAGCACAUUAGCCUUCGUCUACUUAAACGAAUGAUGGUCAUACUUUGGCUAGGAGUACUGUGUUUGGUGUGCGCACCAUACUUUGGAUUCGGUCUUUACUGGGACGAGACAACGUCGACGUGUGUGCGUUACCGGAAUGCCAAAAAGCCUUUGGACGUGUUAUACGCUUACUUAUAUUUCGGCCAUGGCGUGUUUUUAUGCUUCGCAAUUGUCUACACGAACUUAGCCGUCAUGAAAGCUCUGUGCAUGAAGGACAGUCCUCACAACAAGCACAACGUGUUAAUGAGACGCAUCAGCCGAGGAUCAUCGUUGACUUGCAAUGCGGCUACCAAAGAGGAAAGAGCGUUCGGUUGGCUCAUGUUUUUGCUGUGCGUUGCGUUUGUCACAUGUUGGGUCCCACAAAUGAUAGCGAUACCGCUGUCCAGGUUCUUGGACGAUUCGAAGAUCAAGCCGUUCUACAUCGCCGCGGACAUGCUGUUGGCCAUGCACUUCGCUCUGGACCCGUACCUGUACGUGCUCCAACACUGGACGUUGGUCAAGUCCAUCUGCUUGAGGCCUCAGAACAAAAAGAACGCCAACGGCGGCAGCACGAGCGUGAGUCGCAGCAGUUCCAUGAGAACAACAUGUUUUUCGUGGUUCACUUGGCCAGUGUUUCAUUGAAUAAAAAAACUCAAAUUUGUCGUAUUGUGUGACCACCUUAUAAUUACUUCAUAUAUCAUACAUUUUUAUUAUACCUGUGAUAAAGUUUAUAUUUUUAAUAUGUAUCUAUUAUUUUAAUUUUACUUCAACAUUUGUGUGGAACCUUUCUCAUUAGUACUUAAUAAUUAUUAUAGAUGACGAGGUCGAACAAAUAUAAAUAAUUUA